UAGUUAGUUAGUUUUACAAGUAAAGUACAGAGAAAUAACUAAUAUCUAAUUUCUAUUAAUAGGAUUUGAAUUGUGCUGGAAAUUCAAACACUCUUCUCUUCGAUUUCAAUCCUAUUGUUCUUUUUGUUCUGCCAUGGAAGCUCCUUCCAAAAUCUUCAACUCUUCUCUUUGGAAUCGUCACUUAACAUUAACAAACUCCAAAAUCAAAACCAUAACCAUAGCACCCAUUUUCCCUUACCGUCACCAACGACUCUCUCUCAAGAAAAUCUCUUCAACUCUAAAUCGUUCUUCCCAUUCACCAAUUCCUCAAAAUCUCAACUUUCCAAACCCCACCAACAAUCUCAACAACCCAUUUCUGACACUUUCACAAAGUCAUUAUAUCGGUUGGAACCCAGCUUCUAAAAACGGGAAUAAAAAAGGCUUUUACGGUGGCGAAAACCGCGAAGUUAUGGUGAUUUUGUUGGGGUGGUUAGGAUCGGAAACCAAACACCUAAAAAGUUAUGCAAAGUGGUACAAUUCGCGUGGCGUUCACGCGGUUACUUUCAUCAUUGACGUGAAGGAGUUUCAGGGACUUGAUUUUGGGCGUUUGCUUGAGAAACGAACAACUCUGUUUGCAGACAAAGUUGCUUCGUGGGUUUCUUCUGGUGAGGAAAUUGAUGGAAGAGAAAGGUGUUUGAUUUUUCAUACUUUCAGUAACACUGGUUGGUUGGUCUAUGGUUUUGUUCUUGCUAGAUUCAUGGAAAGUCAUGAUGUUAUGAAGAAUAUUAAAGGAUGCAUCGUUGAUUCUGGAGGGGCAUAUCCUUUUAAUCCUCAGGUUUGGGCUGCUGGUUUUGCCGCUGCUACAUUUCAAAAACGCAGCUCUUCAACCCAAGCCGGAGUCAAGCAUAAUUCAGAGGCAAAGAUUCAACAAAAUGAAUAUUCCACAAUUGAAAUUGUAAAGUUAUCAAUAUUAGAUUUGAUAUUCUCAAUUAUUUUUAUGUUGCCUGAACCGAAUCGGAGGAUAAAGAGGAUGUUCGAUCCUCUUUCGGAUCAUCAGGUUUGUCCUCAGCUCUACUUAUAUAGCAGAGCUGACAAAAUAAUCCCGUUUAGAUUCAUCGAAGCGUUUAUUGAGGAGCAGAAGAAAAAAGGAAAAUGGGUGAGAUCCUUGAUUUUUGGUUCAUCUCCUCAUGUGAGCCAUUAUUGGAUUUUUCGGAACAAAUAUCUAUCACAAGUGGAUGAAUUCUUGAAUGAGUGUUUCAAUACAAAUGGACUACAUAUGAAUGUGUUAGGUUUAAAUUCCUUUGAAAUAGAAAAUUAGUGUCACAAUUCUCCCUCAUUUUAAAUUUUUUAGAAAAAUGUAAAAUUGUGCUUCCAAAAAAAUAAAGUUGUGCUAAUUACACAAUGAAGUUUACAUGAAACCUACUAUAUCCUAUACUUGAAAAACAUUGAUUCAAUUAUUUGUUAGAUGUAGUGUACUUCGUCUCUAUAUAAUAAAGAAAUAAAAUAACUACUUACCACCA